AUGGCGACGGAUUUGUGUCUUCCAGUACUGAAAUACUCGCAUGCCACCGGUGUGCGGUCUGACAACACCAUUGCAUGGACUCACCUGCAAGCAGCAGACCUUUUCACCAUUGUCAAGGGCAAGAGCAGAGCUUACGCUGAUGAAGACUUAAACCUACGGGUGAUUCAUGGCACUGCAGUUUUGGCGAGUGUUGAGAUAUCAGCCUACAUCAACGCAGCAAGCGAUGCACGGCGCGGCGCGCAACAACAUGGCGUUACGCCCCAAGUGGAUCAGCUUCCCAUCUUCGGCAUUACGAAGGAGUCGCUAUUGGCGCUCCGAUACAAGCUGAAUGAUGGAAUAGCUCGUCGGAUGCAGCUCCGCUUCGAAAGUCCGACUCACUGUCGCCAGGUUGUUGAUGCUUUCAUUCGCCGCGGUAUGGACUUUCAGCAACAGCGUCCAACAACCGCCCGGUCAGGUCCAGGAGAUCAUGCAGACCGUCCACUGACGAUGAGCUCAAGUUCUCCCUUUGUCGCCAGCGGUAGGCCGACGACCUCUCAGAGCAACUUCCGCCCUCCUACAGCGCUGGACAUCCUUCCGCGUCUGCCAACCUCGCGACCUGAGAUCGAUCGGCAGCCGCAUCAUGACCUUGAGCUGCCGCCUCCACCUCUACUGGUUCGCGACGAAGCAGCUGCGCCACGCAAAGUUGCCGCAGACCGUCCCACCACUGCGAUGUUCUACCGCUCGACCACUACAUCGUCACAGCAGUUGAUCGAUCGGGCAGCCGAAAUCAGCCGCAAACCCUCCAAUCUGAAUCACGAGCGGCCAUCAUUCCGGUCUCAUGCGCCAACGCUUGAUGCGACUCCACAGUUUGCCACGGUGGAGCUGACGCCAGGGCCUAUGAUUGACACGUCACCUUCUUUGACCACUACUUCCCACAUGCCACAAAGCUACUCGUCCAGCAUAUCAGAGCCUAUUCCGACAGCGCGUUCAUCCGAUCUUGCAGUUCCCAGCCCCCCGAAUACACGGCCUUCGACUUCUUCUACUUCGCUUCCACCAGAGAACUACGACCAUGAAAUACCACCAAGACGAGAGCUGCCGUUCAAGGUGCCAGAAGGCAGACCUAGCGGUAGGCUGCAGAGCCUUUCCAGACCCCACAGCUCAGCCAUGACAUUGCCGCCCCUACCAAAGCCUAAACUCACGAAAGAAGAGUCUGCGGCUUUGGCGCGUCCAUACAGCUCAUCUUCCGUUAAGCAGAUGCACGACUAUCGCCCCAGCACAACCUCGCCACUCAAGCGGCCUGCAGCCGCCGUAGAAGAGAAAUCCGUGAGACCACAAAUCAUGCUCCGGCCUGCGGCGAAGUCGCCUGAGGCCCCUAUCCCAGCGCCACAGGAAGCUCGGCCUUUCCAAGUCUCACGGAUGGACGACCUGCUAGCCAGCAGAAAGCCGUUAACGGAACGCUCCGCAAAUGCCCAAAUCGGUCGAACGGAUAGCCUGGCUGACGCUCCUCACGAGGUGGUUGGAAGCCCUCAAGCAUCGCCUGUCAAGAGCGCCGCUACUGUCCUCUCUCAUGUGGAGCACGCGGCCAAUCAGCCGUCGUUACUGCAGACAGACGAUCGUGAGUCAGCAGGCUCACUCGAGGAGUACGCCACGUUAAGCAUGCAAGAUCGCCAAGCUGUGCUGGAGGACUUCAUGAUGGCGAAUCUUGAGAACCCAGCCUUUACCAAGCUCUGCGAAGACGUCGAGAAUUGUUGGCGGAGGAUAGCUCUGGGACUGUGA